ACUUGACGUCUGUCACCUUGUCAAUUAUGCAAAAAAUGUGCGAAGCUUCUAAAAGUUUUUAAACAAUGUGAGCCCUUAAACACCGUAAACCAUGAAGUUAAACUUAGCUAGUUACACCCUUUUAAUCUCUCUGAUGAUUAGAUAUUCCCACCAAUAUGUGGAACUGACUGUAGAAGACGACGAUUUGUGUUCGCCAAUUAAAAGACGUAAAAUAAGACUAGACAAGGGACCACGGUCGGGUUUAAUAGUGACACAAACUCGUUUGGACGACCAUUCUACUAAAUGGAACCAAAAUUUCAAAUGUAAGUUUCAAGUUUCUCCUGCCUCUUCUCGUGAAGGAAUCAUUGCUGUGAUACAACAUUUAAUUUUUCGUAAAAAUUCUACGACUGACGAGUGUAUAGAUUAUGUGCAAUUCGGUCGUAAGGAUGGCUCUUCGAGUCAGAAGUUUUGUGGAAGGUUUAACGCAGCGCUCCGAAUGGAUCGCCAUUUUGUGAAUCCGUCGGAGCCGAUAUCAUCAGGGACUGCCUUUGUUGAUGAAAGAGGUGAACUUGAUGUUUACAUAUAUGUAGCUAGGGAACAGCUGAAAAGUGAGGAAGAAAGUGGCAUCAGUAUUGUUUUUACUGCAUAUAGACAUUGUUCUCAAGUAUAUAAACGCGAUAUAGCGUAUCGCCCCUGCAGCAACGAACGGAAAGAAUUUUGUAUUUAUUCAGGUUUUUUCUCAGACUCUUAUAUUAAUUGCCCUUUGCCAGACUGUGAGGAUGAGCAAGGAUGUUCAAAGCCAACAGAAGUAAUUGAUUACUAUUAUGGGAAUAAAGUACUCAUAGGAGCCGUGUCGUCAGUAUUUGUCGUUUUUGCGUUAUUUAUUUUGUGUUUGUGGAUUUGUAAAACGUAUAAAAUAUUUUGUUGGUCUCAGAGUUUUGCUAACCCCAAUUCUGCGACGCCGCAGAGUCAGUCAAGUGAAGCUCCAAGAGUUAUUGAAAUGAAUGAGCAAACAGGAUCUAGAUCAGCGCCUGCGCAAGCUAAUAGCAGUAGUGCCAACCCUACAGAUGAAGAUAAAGACUUACCUCCUUCGUAUGAUAGUCUGUUUCCAUCAAGGCAAUAAUGACAUAUGCCUUUAUGUCAUGUAAAUAGACAAGAAAUAAAAUUUCGUUGUGGACUGGAUUGUUGUAAAAAAAGGCCUAAUAAAAACUGGUGUGCUGGAAGGUUACUAUUAACAUGUAUAUUGCGUUAUUUUUGGACGAUCUAUCUAUGCGAAUAUUCUAAAGUUUCUAA